CCAGAUACAGGCUACAAAGGACAGUGACAACCUAGUAAAGAGUCAUCCUUGCGCGGGCAGAUACCAAGCACCUGGCCUCCUUCCAUUACAUAGAACCUAAGGUACCUACACCACGCUCUAGGUACACUUGCUCUCUCGUUUUCUUAUUAUAAGACGUCCGCCAGUUCCUCGCCCCAAGAUCCCUUCCGCUCAAAAAUCAAAUCCAUCCCGUCAGCAUUGCAGCAGCCAACGGUUACAGCAGCAUCAAGACGACUACCUACAUACACUGUGCAGCUACCUCACCUCACCACAUUCGCUCUACACUAGUAGCUUGUCAACCCAACUCCAUACCUACAUAGCCAGGGCAACGGUUCAGUUACAUCCACAGACGCCAACUGACGUCCGCCCAAACACAACCUCUGCCAGCCGAACCCAAGACAACAUUACAAACUUGUACAUACAUAGUAGUCGGGCUGCCCAACCUUGCUCUCGAACGACACAGCGUACCCGCAACUAAAUCCCGAACGAAACACUCAACACCGUGUGUCGACGCCCCUCAUCUGUGUCACCACCGGCCAUCCUGUUCUACCCACUUGUCGACCCAGAGAAGCGAAACACCAAGUUACAGACUCCAUCCCCAUCAAGUCAACAGUAGCUCACUCGCACAAUCCGGGGCCCCGCAAAACCGUGCAAAGCUGUUUCCUGGACUGUGAUCUGGAGAAACAAACCGGUCACUAGCGCAACCCCAUCGCGACUUGACGCCGACUUGCAUAUAAAGCAACUGACCUGCACCUGUUACACCUUACGGGUUUAAUAGCCGGUCGAUUGACCUACCUCCUUGUCCCCCUUCCGUCCUACUCGCUUGUCUAACACCACCACUGCCGCCACCACCACCAUCACUACCACCACCAUCACUACCACCACCCUCGUUUGGUCUCCCAAAGUCGUUCGUUGAAGCUAUCGGUUUGCGCACUUUCCCUCACAGACUCUCCAGUCCCACGACAGCGCCAGGAACAACAAACUAAGCACGAGCAAGAAAAUUGUCUUCUUGCAGCUCUUGGAUUUGCCACCCAAUACGACACCUACUUGCACGGAUUCGUCAUUCCACGAAUGGUAGUUUGUGGGCUUGCUGGACACCAAAACUCUUGAAUUGCCCUUCACUCCUCCCGCCUUCCAGGGAUCCCCAGCUUCUCUCAACUUCAAGACUUCUCCUCUUGGGAAGACCCCGCAUCUCAUCACCAAACCACGCUGCGCUGCCAAGGGACCUGAGCAGAACAAGCCAACCCAGUGAACCCCUGGCGCUUCCUCGGGCUCACCUCACUCACCUCUUAACCCUCACCCCCACCAAUCACACAUAACCGCCUCCAUGCAUCACCAACGCCGAAGGUCCGGGCAUGCUUCUGGCAACACUUCGAUGACCGACGUCCGAAAAGCUCCUUCGACCCGACCUGCCCUGGCAAGGAGAACCACAACCCCUCAAACCUCCCAGAAGCUGGGCAGGAACAUGAGGGAUCGUGAGAGGCAAAUGGAAGAAGAGCGUUGGUUUGAGGAGGAGCGGGAAAGCUUUCCCCAGUUCUGCAUGUCUUGCGAGAAGCAGUUUAUCCCCGAUCACGACCAAUCCCUCUAUUGCUCCAAGGACUGCCGCUUAAGCGACCAAGAAGGUUUCGGUGCCUCUUCAUCCUCAUCUCGCAGCUGGAUCGGGUCGAACGCUCCAACUUACUACCCUUUCUACUCGGCCUCCUCAGAGCCGCGAGACAUCAUCCCCCGCGCAUCUCCAUCGCGUCCCAACUCAACAUAUGUCUCCCCACCUACCACCCCGGGAACCGGCCAGUCCUCAGCCAUCAAUGCCCUCAAAUCUUCCCUCUAUGGCAGCAGGCCAGCCAGCCCCCCCUCUCCGCCGCCUGUAGGCAGCUAUCACGCGAACGUUUGGCCUUUUUCCAACCGCAGCUCGGCCGCCAGCCCCAACAACUCGUACUCGAACCAGCAGUCCGGGUUUUUCUCCUCUACGUAUGAGGGCCACUACUAUGGCGGUGCGGGAGAUGCGUAUAAUGACCGACCGCUACCAAGCCGCAGGCCAGGGAUCUACUCGAGGCCGAAGAGCAUUGAGCUUGUCACCCCCUUGGUAGGGAGGUAACAGUCAUUGUUUGCUUCUUCUGCUUCUCUUUCUGCUUCCGACAAAAGAACACUUCCUUUCUUUUCUUUUCUCCAACAUCACUUUUAUUGUUAUUAAGCAUCUUACUGGCUACCUGCGUGUCAUUGGCAUAUCAGAUUUGAGCAUGGGCACACUAAAAACCGGGGUUGUUUUGGCCGGAUAGGAUAUCGUUCGGCGCUUCUUUGCAUUGAUUGCCUCAAUAUUGGGAGUAUUUGCUCAUCUGGGGUGGCGUAUUUUUGGGAUAUUUUGAUAUUGGAACAAAAAGUUUUUACGACAGGACAGGACAGGCAGGCAGGCGGAACUCUUAAGAAACAGAAGAGAAAGAACAUCCCACUCAAUCUCUUACCAGCUCUCACGGGCGGCGGCGGCGAUCACGCAAAAGAAGAGAUAUUGAUAAAAAGCAUUCGUUGUAUAUCAAUUUUCAUUUAAUGUUGAUGCCACUUUUUUGUGUUUUUUUGAUCAUCAGUUUCAUCAGCUAUAUAUAUAUAAGCAGGUCAUUCAUAGAACACAGCAAAUUGGGACGUCUAUAUGCCUCUCGAUAAGCAGGCACG